GAGGACCCGCCCCUUUUUUUUUUUUUUUUUUUUUUUGGUUUGAAAACCCUUAGCGAAUCAGAAGUCCCGAUCCCCACGCCUUCAACCAAUCCGAGACGUCACGCUUCUUCGUUCCCCCAAUCCCCCUCCCCUUAGAAGAACCAAUCAAAACCAACUCAGCUGGCACGGCGCAGGUAGCCUCGUUUGGGAAUUGACCCAAUCACAAGGCGGCUACGGCGGCUCGGAAGAAAAAAAAAACAAACAAAAAAAGCGAAGCUGCAACAGGAGCGGUCGUGCCAUGGCGGACGGUUUCUGCAGGCUGUGCCACGGAUCGCUCCGCCAGCCCGGCUGCGGGAGGCUCUUGAGCCGGGUGCACCUCUUCAGAGCCUGCGAGAGGGGAGAAGCCAAGGGGCUGCAGCUGAGCCGGGAGCUCAGCCGGGUCGGCGUGGAGCUGGGAGGCGGGGGGCUGUCCAGCUUCGCCUGCCUGGAUUGCUUCAGACAGUUUCUGGAUGUUUUCUCUCGAAUCGAGGCGUGGCGGGAGAAAGCGCGCCGCCUGCCGGCAGAAGUGAACGUAGCAGAUGAUGAUAAUAAUAAUGAUAAUGAUAAUGAUGAAGAGGGGACGGGUGUCCAGGGGGACAUGGAACUGGAGGACAACAAGCAGGACAUCCCCCGGCUGGACCCGGACCAGAUCGCAGAGGGUUUGUUUGACGUGGAUGUGGUACAGGUGAAAGAAGAGGAAAUAGAAGUGUCCAUCGAUCACGUGACCCAGGAGGAGGCGGGGGGAUGCAAAAGACAUUCGGAGGAUUUGAGAGCGGAUGAGGGUCCCAGUCCGGACCCCGUACCUAACCCUCUUUCAAACACGGAGCGGGAUCCUUUAAGAUCCGGGACGGCCGGUGAAGAGCCCACGCGCGGGCAGCUGAACCCUCAACUCCCUCUGCUGCAGCAAAUCGCCCAGAAGAUUUAUCUUGCUGCAGAAAACCCGCCGGUGUCUGACAGCCUGCAGCCGCCACAAAACUCUGGCCUCCGAUUGGUCGGCGUUCCCCUCGCACCCUCGUCCCUUCCCGGACCGAUCAGGCUGGUCCAAAUACAGAACAGGGAAGUCCGGCUGGCCGGUCGGCAGAACCCCGCUGUGCAGACAAAACACCUGCCGAUCAGGCUGGUCCAAAUGCAGAACAAAGAGGUCAGGCUGGUGGCUCCCGGACCGCUGACCGCUAAAGGUGGGGUGGUGAGCUUUCAAACCCGACCGGCGCCGCAGAACCAGAACUGUACUCGAGCGGUGGACCCGCGGAGUCCUACGGGGCAGCGGACCGGAAUCCGGUUGGUUCCCGUACUGGCACUGCCGAAUGAGGAACCAGGUGGCUUGGUUCGCGUUAACAUCAGCAGUGAGCAGAACCCCGGGGGGAGAGUCGUCACGCAGCAGGGGGGUGCGACGCAAGCUGGCAGCCGGGACAGCAGCCGGGGCGAGGCGGCGGCGGUCGGUCUCCCGAACGCUGCUUUGCAUUUGGAGGAAGACCCUUCGACUGCGUCUGUGCAACAGGCAAACCGGCCUCGAAUCGGCGGGCUGGACCUCGUGAUGGCUUACCGGAACCAGCUCCCCAAAUCCGCUACACCUUCAACCUUGACCCCAGCCCCAGCCCCAGCCCCAGCCCCAGCCCCAGGAGUCUUACCCUCCUCUUCUGUGGAGGGGUCAGAUGCAGACGAGGAAGGCCGUCGCGCGAAAAGUUCUUACAUCUGCACUCACUGCGGGAACUCCUUUUCCCGGAUGAGCAGUCUGCACCGACACCAGGACACCUUGCACCCCCGGAUCCGUGCCCCCUCCUACCCCUGCCCCGACUGCGGGAAGAACUUCACGGACUCGGGGAACCUGCGGCAGCACCGUCGGAUCCACACGGGCGAGAAGCCGUACUCGUGCGGAGGGUGCGGGCUUCGCUUUCGCUUCAAGGGGAACCUGAACUCCCACCAGUGCGUCGACGAGGACGAGACGCCCUUCUCCUGCCAGAUCUGCGGGAAGAAUUUCCGCCGCCCGGACGGGCUGGAGAGGCACGUCGCCGGGGCUCACCGAGAGCCCGGGGCCGGCGGGUAUGAGUGCGUCGUCUGCGGGAAGCGGUUCUGGAACCGGGAGCUGCUGAAAUCGCACGGGAGGGUCCACACAGUGCAGAAGCCGUACUGGUGCCAGGAAUGCGGGAAGCGGUUCCGCCACCUGUCCACUUUCAACUACCACAAGCGAACGCACCUCCGGGAGGCCCCCCACAGGUGCGACAAGUGCGGCCGGGCCUUCGCGGAUCAGGAGGCCCUGGAGGGCCACAGGAAGGUUCACAGGAGCGAGGCCCCGUUCCGGUGCGAGGUGUGCGGCAACGGGUUCCGGCUCCUGUCACAUUUCCGGUCCCACCAGAGGAUUCACUCCGGGGAGACCCCGUACGACUGCGCGGAGUGUGGGAGGAGUUUCAGCCACCUGGGGGCGCUGCGGUUCCACGUGCAGAACCACGAGCGAGGGAAGAAGGAGGGGGAGAGUGAGAACGGGGGGGCGGAGUGAGGAAGAGGCCCCUGGAUGGGGCUGUUGUCCGUGAUUUUGUGAAGCGGCGUGGUGGAAACUGAUCGGACAGGUAAAGAAUUGACUAGAGGUUGGAUAAGAGACUAGUCUGUUGUUGUUGGAGAUUCCUGCCUAUUCCAGUAUUUGGUGAAGUCGAUGCAGCUCUGUGGCGGAUCCUCACUUCUUGUUUUGUUUCUGACUAGUCUCGGUAUUUCAUUCAGACUUAAGCUGUGGAUUUUCAUUGAUUUAAUUUAUUUUUUCAGUGGGACACGUUAUAUCAUUUUUUUUUUUUUGAAAAAAAAAAAAGUCAACUGUGAAACAUUGUGAAGCCUGGGAGAGAAGGGUUCUGUUUUGUUCCAAUUAAUCAAACCUCCAGGAGCUGAGUUUGCCUCCUCCCCCCCCGCCCCCCACCGGAGGUGCUAAUAACCUUCUUUCCUAAUAUAACUUCACAACAACUUUGUACAGUUUUUAUGAGCUUCUCCAGGUUUCAGGCAGGGGGCGGGGGGGGUCCAGAAAUUAAAGAAAAGGAGUCUUGACACCAGGAGGUUCAAAUCACCCGGCUGUGUGUGCGAGACCCUGAGCGAGUCACUGACCCUCCUUGUGCUCCGUCCUU